AUGAAGCCUGAGAACAAGACCGUCUCGCCUGCCCCCGAGGCGGCCGAUGCCAACCCCGAGGUCUUCGAUACCCUCACGGAGAAAGAGAUGCGUGGCCUCAUCAAGAUCUUUGCUUGUAUGAAGAACAAGCUCGAGAUUGACUACGAGAAGUUUCAGCUCGCUACCGGCUGGGCCAAGGGCACCUGCACCAACUUUCUCUCUGCCGUCCGGAAGAAGGGUGUCUUCGACCCCGCCGUCAAUGGCAAGGGUCCCGACAAGAAACGCAAGCACGCCGAGAUCGACCAGGUUGCCCUGGAGACUGAGCACGAGGAUGAUGAGCACGAAGAUGAUGAGGAGGAGGUGAAGGUCAUUCCGAAGAACGAGAACGGCCGCACCCCUCUGCCCUCGGCUCGUCCCAUCAAGAAGGUCAAGCCCUCGACUCGUCCCACCAAGAAGGUCAAGCCCUCGGCUCGUCCCACCAAGAAGGCCAAGACCGAGGCUGCCUCUGAGGCUGUCAAGGUCAAGGAGGAGUAG